UUUGAAAAGCUAGUCUAUAAAUAGAAUUGAGACCCUCCAUGAUAUUGCUCAUAAAUUAUCAUCGUACAUAGUUUUCAAAAAUAUCUGUUUAAUUUGUUUCCAUGGAGCCGUCGAAACCCUCAAUUCAAUCUCUAGUAAGUGAAAUCAAGAAGGAGAUUUUCUCAAAUGAUAAUCUCCAUGCAUUUGUUUCCCCAUCUGCCUAUGAUACUGCUUGGUUAGCCAUGAUUCCAGCCGAUCCCAGUAAACAAAAUUGUCCCAUGUUCAAGAAUUGCUUGAAUUGGAUACUCGAAAACCAGAAAGAAGAAGGGUUUUGGGGCGAAACAAACGAAGAUGGUUUACCAACCAUUGAUACUCUCCCUGCGACUCUUGCCUGCAUGGUUGCCCUUAAAACUUGGAAUGUAGGCCAAGAAAAUAUAAGAAGAGGAUUGAUAUUUGUUCAUUCCAAAGUAGAGAUACUUCUGAAAAUAAAUUAUCAGAAUCUUCCUCGGUGGUUUUUCAUUGUUUUUCCGGCAAUGAUUGUACUUGCUCAGGCAGCUGGUCUAGAGCUCGAUUUUCCUCAGGGAUCAGAAGAAGUGAUAAUCGACAUUUUCUUAAAUCGGCAACAAAUUCUUAAAAUGGAAGAGCUUGUGGAUGAAUCGAGGUAUUGUGAUCUUCCUCUGUUGGCAUACCUGGAGAGCUUGCCAAUCACAUGUAAUGUCCAUCAACAGGAAAUUGUUAAGCAUUUGAGCAAUGAUGGAUCAUUAUUUCAGUCACCUUCUGCUACGGCUUUUGCGUUUAUGGCCACGGGAAACAUCCAAUGUAUCAGAUAUCUCGAGUCUCUCGUACAAAGUUGUCCUAAUGGAGGAGUACCAGCAAAGUAUCCUGUGGACGAAGAACUAAUAAAGCUUUGCAUGGUUGAUCGUGUGCAAAGACUGGGGUUGACUGAGCAUUUCAAUGAAGAGAUCGAGAAAAUACUCGCAAAAAUUUACAGGAGCGAAAUGAAUAGAAAAACAAACGUUCUAUCACCCAUAAAAUUAUACAAGGACUCGUUGUCUUUUCGGCUCUUCCGUAUGCAAGGAUAUGAAGUAAAUCCAUGGAGCUUCUGUUGGUUUCUAAAUCAUGCAGAAAUUUUGAAGCAUAUGGAAGAAAACUAUGAACAGUUCAUUACAGUGAUGUACAGUGUAUACACAGCCUCAGAUUUGUCAUUUCCAGGAGAGUAUGAAUUAGAGGAAGCAAGAAAAUUUGCCAAAAGAAUGUUAGAAGAAUCAAUUAAAAGAAAUAGGGAUCAUAAUUUUGUAUUAUCCAAGGGAUUUCAAAAUAUGGCUUGA